CGAAAGGGGCUCAGACUGCGGACUACUCCGAGACGAGGAACCCAAAGCUCUCGGAUUAUUACCGGUUAAUUAUUGAUCAGUUAGAAAUCGUGUUUUGGCUCAGGUGAUCGAUCAGGUGUGAUCGGCUCGGUUCUUUGGUGGGAAUGUCCCGACUGCUGGAGAGCAGGAGACAGGACAGGAUGAAGGAAAUCAACCUGAAGAACAAGGAGAAGGUGCGUCUGAAGGAGCGGGAAAAGGAGGCGCGUGAGAGGGAGGCGCGGACCAGCAACGGUCACCUCUUCACCUCCCUGACUGUGUCCUCUACCACGCUGUGCUCCUCCUGCAGCCGCAGCAUCACAGCCAAGGAGGCGCUGAGCUGCCCAGCAUGUAACGUCACCAUCCAUAACCGCUGCAGAGACAGCCUGGCCAGCUGUGCCAAGAUGAAGCAACGGCAACAGAAACUGACGCUGUCGAGGAACAGUUCAGCUCUGCAGACUGUCACCAUGCGCAACAAAACUCCAAUGAUGAAGGAGCGUCCGAGCUCGGCCAUCUAUCCCUCCGACAGCCUCCGCCAGUCGCUGCUCGGCUCGCGGCGCGUCCGCUCCGGCCUCUCGCUCGCCAAGAGCGUCUCCACCAAUAACAUCGCAGGGAUGAGUGAGGACUCCGUGGGUCUCAGGCGGAUUCUGUCUCAAUCCACCGAGUCUUUGAACUUUAGGAGUCGGACUUUGUCCAUGGAGUCUUUGACUGAUGACGCUGAGUGGUGGUGGAGCCCCCUGCUGGAGGAGCUGCAGGAGGACGGGCGCUGCGUGCAGGCGGACAGCUGGAGCCUCGUGGUGGAGCCGAGCUUCCUUCAGACACUUCACAAAGACCUGAUCAAGAAGCAAGACGUCAUCUACGAGCUUAUCCAGACUGAGUUCCACCACGUGCGCACCCUGCGCAUCAUGGAGGGCGUGUACCGACGGGCCAUGCUGGAGGAGGUGCAGCUCGAGGCGGCCGUGGUCCACACCAUCUUCCCGUGUCUGGACCAGCUGACGGAGUGGCACUCCAACUUCCUGUCCCUGCUGCUCCAACGCAGGAGGGAGGGGCUGAUGGAGGGUAGCUCCACCAACUUCACCGUGCGCUGCAUCGGAGACCUGCUGCUCAAACAGUUUUCAGGUCAGCCUGCAGACGACAUGAAGAAGCUCUACUCUGAGUUCUGUAGUCGACAUCCCAAAGCUGUGAAGCUCUACAAAGACGUUUUAAACCGAGACCGACGGCUGCAGCAGUUCAUCAGGCGGGCCUGUCGUGGUCCUCUGCUGCGUCGUCAUGGCGUCCAGGAAUGCAUCCUGCUGGUGACUCAGCGCAUCACCAAGUACCCCGUCCUAAUCCAGCGGAUUCUUGACAACACCAAAGGUAAUGAAGAGGAGGCGCAAGCUUUGAAGCGGGCCCUACUUCUCCUGAAGGAGCUGAUCAGCUCGGUGGACCAGGAGGUGCUGGAGCUGGACCGGACCAGGAGGCUGCAGGAAAUCCAAGCCCGUCUGGACCCACGUGCCGAGGCGGAGGUCAUCGGGGGAGGAGUCUUCAGAGGAGGAGAGCUACUAAGGAGGAGGCUCCUCCACGAGGGGACACUCCUCUGGAAGGUCCAGGGCUCCAGGAUGAAAGAUGUCCAGGUCCUGCUAAUGUCGGACAUCUUGGUUUUCCUCCAGGAGAAAGAUCAGAAGUUCACCUUUGCAUCUCUGGACAAGUCUCCAGUGUUGUCCCUGAACAACCUAAUUGUGAGAGACAUAGCCAAUCAGGAGCGAGGGAUGUACCUCAUCAGCUCCUCAACUCCUCCUGUGAUGUACGAGCUUCAUGCUUCAUCCAAAGAGGACCGGAGGACCUGGAUGAGCCGGAUCCAGCAGACUGCUCUCAGUUGUCCGUCUAGAGACGAGUUUCCGCUUAUCGAGACGGAAGAUAAAGCUUUACUGAGAAGACUCAGAGCUGACAUCCAGCAGAAGGACAGGGAGGUGCUGGAGCUCCUGCAGGAACGGGUGACCCUGUUCUCUGACCUGGUGGAGGCAACAGGAAGAGGAGGAGGAGAUGAAGAAGGAGGCGUAGAGCUCAACACCUCCGCCUCCUGCAGAAACUUGUUCAGGGCGGACACUCCUUACGCUCCUCAGGCCGAGCCGCUCCUCAUCUCCUCCAUCACCGAAGUGGAUAAACUGACUGAACUGCUGCUGAACACCAGCAUCAACAAGUCCUCCGUAACCAACGGCAACCAGGAGCUCAGCAAUGGAGACUCUGGUUCCCUGAAUGGAUCAUUUGAUUCUAACAGCUCAUCAAAGGACAGAAACGGUAACCAGCUGCAGGAGCGGUCCAUGAACGAGGAGGUCCGUCAGCGAUUGGUCGGUCUGAGCACGCAGCUUCACGCCCUGCAGGCUGCUGUGAUUCGUCAGGACUCCAUCCUGGAACUAUCAAUCGGAACAGACCCCGCCCCCUCGUCUACCACAGGCCCCGCCCCCCGCCUCUCACGGUCAAUGUCGCGGGACACGGGGCUGGACUCGGGCGGGGAGGCGGUGUUGCUGCGGAGGCAGGUGGAGCUGCUGCAGGAGGAAGUGACACGGCUACGCAGGAGGGGGGAGGUGCCAACUAGGGAGGGGGCAGAGACAGAAGGCAAGAAGAGGGGCAAUGGCGACAUCAAUAAUGUCAACAAGGGAGACCAGCAGGGGAGCAGGAGGCGUGGCAGCAGAGAGCUGGAGCUCCGCCCCCUCGCACCACUGGCCAGCCAGGAUCCCGUGGACCAAUUAGACGGCGAGGCAGGAAGCGAGGAGGAAGUCAUGAGGAUCUCUCCUCGCUCCGACAGCCCGAGAGAUUUGCAGGACAUUCCAGAGGAGAGCGAGUGUGGAGCCGACCCCAGUUAACGCGUUGCCGAUGACCUCAGGGACUCGCUGAUGAUGUCACUGUGAUGUCACCGGGGCACAAAUCGCUGUCAGACUUUUGUUGUGAAAGCUGGAGAUGACGUAAUUUCCUGUCUUACAGAAGCUUUUAAGACCAAAUGGGACUUCUGAAUUGCAGCUGUCGUACUUUUGACUUGAAGUCUUUUCUGAAUGUUGCUGUUAGGUUAGAAACAGGAAGUAUAACCGUGGGACCUGUUUACAUCAUCACGUCAGCUGUAGCCCUGCCCGGACCCAUGGGGGGGGGGGGGGGGGGUUUAUACCAUGUCAUUGGACUUGUUUUAUCUGUCGCUGAGACACAUUAAUAGUCACCACACUACAUUACCCACAAGGCCUUUGGAAAUCAACAACCUGCUGUGUUCGGUUGUACUAUAAUGUCUCUUCUUGUGAGAAUCAAACCGUGUAAACUGUAUUUAUAUGGUAAUUUAAUGCUCUACGUAGUUUAUCAUUAGAAACAUUAUGUAGGAUUUUUAUAUCAAAUAGUCAAAGAGAUGAAAAUCUGUUAUCUGUCAUUUGUGAAACCAAAAAAAAAAGAAUUUGACUUAGGAACAAUGGUUGGCCGCAAGCCAGAAUUUAUAAGUUUACAGAAAUCUUCUUCAUGAAGUUUUUAAAGGAUCUCUGAGAAAAGGUGACUUUGUCCCAGGAAGAGGGGAUACUUUUGACUCGUAGCUCAGUGGUAUUUUUGGGAAAAAAACAAAGGUUUGCUGCCUGACUGAAGCAUGAGAUCAUGUUAGCAUGUUAGCAUGUUAGCUUGGCUGUUUCUUUUAUACUUGUAUAGAACCUGAUCAUAAAUUGUCUUAUUGAUUGGUUGGUUUUAACCAAUCCGCUUGUUAGAGGAUGUUUUUACCUGCUAAAGAUGGUCAUUGCGUCCGUGUGAUGGUAAAUGUUGUUCAUUGACGAAAGGGCUUCCUCUUUUGAUCCAGAGUGCCAUUAUGUCCCAGGAUGCAUUGCACUCGAGCUUCUGACGGCCAUAUCCUGGAAGCAGCUUCUCUGGUGCAACUCUGGUUCCAAUAAAUACCAACACCAGACCGUCCUCGUCCAGAGCCUCAUUGUCCACGGCGUCCUCCACCAGAGCCUCAUUGACCACGGCGUCCUCGUCCAGAGCCUCAUUGACCACAGCGUCCUCGUCCAUAACGUUCCCUUUAACCACCAGUGGUUGAACUGCAGAGCAGAACUUUAUUGACAAUGUUAACCAAGUUUUUUUUUUUAAAGGUUCAAAAUCUUCAGAUUUUUUACAAACAUUUUCCGCUGGAUUUGAUAUUAGAUGGUCGCCAUGGAUACAGUAACCACGGAGAACGCCGCCUUCACUGCAAAGCUGCUGCUGCUGCUGCUGAUGUCAGUGCGAAGGAUGACAGGUGGCUGUCUCACUGCUGCCAGCUUUCAAACCACAGACUGAACACUCAAUGGUUAAAUAGAGGUUUAGAGACCACAUGAUGCAAAACACAUUCAAGCAUUCCUAAAACUCACAGAGAACGAAUGUUUGAAGGAGGAAUGAACAUGACAUGUUUAUUUAUCUCUUGAGAAGCCACCUUGUAUUUUUUACACAUUUAUAUUUCAUCAGGAGAAAUAAUUUGUUCUCACUGUUUAGUGAAAUGAAUACAACCUUCUUUUAAGUAUAUUUCUAUGUUUCAGGUGUUCUGGUGUCACAUGAUCCUUCAAAUUGCAACUGAUCAUGAAUUGAAUAACUAAGGCUUUUAUUGUGAAGGUUGAUGAAUCCCUGACUUUUAAAGACCAGCAGUCUGAAGUCCACACUGAUCUGGAAUCAGAGGUUUCUUAUUGUAAAGUCAUUUUUAACAGUAAAAACGUUCUAAUGAAGUGUUUGUACAAAGAUUUAAUCUAAAAAUCGGAAUAUGAUGGUGGUUGUAAGUUUAUUGUUGUGUGCUUAUUAUAAAUCUAAUCAGCUAGACAAAAUGUGAUGAUGUUUUUAUUCAUGGAGAUUAACAUCAUUAAAUCAUUUCGAUUUGCAGUUUUUUUUCAAUCUUA